GGAGGACUGCGUAGAAUCACCGAUAGGAUUUUGAAUUCUUAAAUUAGCUACCAGGCUAGGUAGUGUAAGCUCAUUUCACUCUGUUUCUUGAGUAGAGGUACAUGCAUUAACCUUAAUUACUUCGUCCCAUCAUCCGACACAGCGUACAUCCCAACCGUCAAAGUGGAACACGCCAACGCAAGGAGCGAAAUCCAGCAUGGGAACCGCCGCAGCAGACCUCCUCGCCUCCCUCCGGGGCGCGGGGCUCCUGUCCUCGAGCGUGAUUCCCUCCGACUUCACGCCCUCGUUGCUCCUCAACGUCCGCUUCCCCGGCACCGACGCCGACACCUGCCAUGGCACCCUAAUGCGGGUCAGUCAGGUCCAGUCGGCUCCCGUCCUUUCCGUCGCCCCUCUCAACUCAGCAUUGGCGACGACGACGACAACAACAACAACAACAACAACGAAGACAUUCACACUGCUCAUGAUCGACCCGGACGCGCCGACGCCAGACGACCCCAAAUUCGCCUACUGGCGGCACUGGGUCGUCGCCAAUAUCUCGCUGCCCGCGACGGCAGAAACCAAGGAUGAAACCGGCAGCGGCAGCGGCAGCGGCAGCGGCAAGGGCGCGCAGCUCCAGCUCGACGAGUGCACGAGCGGCGCCCGCGUGCUUACGCCGUACCUCGCGCCCGGGCCCAAGGACGAGUCGCGCCCGCACCGGUACCUGUUCCUGUUGUUUGCCGAGCCGGACGGGUUCCGGCCGGAGAAGGGCGACGUCGGCGGGGACGAGUUCGUCCAGAGGCGGAGCUUCCCGGCCGACGAGUUUGUCCGCCGGCACGGGCUGCGCCUGGUCGCGGCGCAGUGGAUGCUGGGGGCCGGUGAUGGGUGGCGGGAGGAGUAAUUAGUUACCUUACCUUGCCUACCUGAAUUAUUAGAGAGUAAACAUGGGCACAUGGA